GUGCGCGCGUGUGUGAGGCCGCCUGCAGGAGGCGAGGCUGCCCUGGCCUCCCGCACCAGCCAGUGGAACCUAGCCCGGAGGGAAGUCGCCUCAGCCGCCCCGGUGGCCCUCCUGCCCUUUGGCCAGGUCAGUGCUCCCCAAGAUCCGUCGGAGUGACACGCUCACGGCUCCUCUUAGCAUGACCUUGAUCUGAUCGGCCAACUCAGGCAUCGGUUCUCCUGCCUGGCACUGCAGUGCUAGGGCCUCUGCAUCGCCCCAAACUACAGCACUGUCAUGGCAGCUGCCUCUACUUCCAGCCCUGUAAGUUCACAGUCCCAGGUCACAGCCAUGAACGAACCACAGUGCUUCUACAACGAGUCUAUCGCCUUCUUCUAUAACCACAGUGGGAAAUAUCUCGCCACAGAAUGGAACACAGUGAGCAAGCUGGUGAUGGGACUGGGCAUCACUGUCUGCGUGUUCAUCAUGUUGGCCAACCUCCUGGUCAUGGUGGCGAUCUACGUCAACCGCCGCUUCCACUUCCCUAUUUAUUACUUGAUGGCCAACCUGGCUGCUGCAGACUUCUUUGCUGGAUUGGCCUACUUCUACUUGAUGUUCAACACAGGACCUAACACUAGGAGACUGACUGUUAGCACGUGGCUCCUCCGGCAGGGCCUCAUCGACACCAGCCUGACAGCCUCUGUGGCCAACCUGCUGGCAAUCGCCAUUGAGAGGCACAUCACGGUUUUCCGCAUGCAGCUUCAUACACGGAUGAGCAACAGGCGCGUGGUGGUGGUGAUUGUAGUCAUCUGGACUAUGGCCAUUGUGAUGGGGGCCAUACCCAGUGUGGGCUGGAACUGCAUCUGUGAUAUUGAUCAUUGUUCCAACAUGGCCCCCCUUUACAGUGACUCCUACUUAGUCUUCUGGGCCAUUUUCAACCUGGUGACCUUUGUGGUCAUGGUGGUUCUCUAUGCUCACAUCUUUGGCUAUGUUCGCCAGAGGACUAUGAGAAUGUCCCGGCAUAGUUCUGGACCCAGGAGGAAUCGGGAUACCAUGAUGAGCCUUCUGAAGACUGUGGUCAUUGUGCUUGGUGCCUUUAUCGUCUGCUGGACUCCAGGACUGGUCCUUUUGCUUCUGGAUGUUUGUUGCCCGCAGUGUGACGUCCUGGCCUAUGAGAAGUUCUUCCUCCUCCUCGCCGAGUUCAAUUCUGCUAUGAACCCCAUCAUCUACUCCUACCGCGAUAAAGAGAUGAGCGCCACUUUCAGGCAGAUCCUGUGUUGCCAGCGCAACGAGAAUCCCAAUGGCACCACGGAAGGCUCUGAUCGCUCGGCGUCCUCUCUCAACCACACCAUCCUGGCCGGAGUUCACAGCAAUGACCAUUCUGUGGUUUAGAAGGAAGCCACUGGGCUUCUGUGGAGCUGUGAACCCCACCCUAGGCCCCAUUGCCAGGGCAAGGUUGGAAUCAGAGGAAAUGAAGACACUUAAUGUAGUUAAACACUAACCAAUGGCAGUAUUUUUUUGUCCCUAGACCCAAGAGACUUGAGGAUGAGCCUAUGUGGCAGCCCCUGUCUUCUCCUUUGGAAAAUAGAAGUGGACCGUCUUGCAGAGGAAUUCAGAAACAGACUCUGGGGUGAAUGAGUAGCCUUCACUAACUAGACUUAAGAGAU